UAGAAAGCUGCUUGAUGGGGAAGCUUCUGCUUUGAUCCUUUAUCUUAGUGUGGUCAUUCUUUUAAUUCACCUGCAUGUAAAUCAUAGAAAUAGUGCUGCACAUUUCUGCAGGCAUGUAAUGUGUAAUGCUUUUAUUUGCACACACACACAAAUAAAGACAUACAUGGUCUGAUAGUCAAUUUAACAUGACCACAAUCUAUGGCAACAGCUUUGGGGACCCAGUAGCAGGAAGCAGAGUGGCUGUGAGCUCUCACACUUACAAAACCACCAGAAUGUGUGUGUGUGUUUGUGUAUUUUUGUGUGUGUGUUUCUGCACAAAGUGCAUGACGCCUCGGUCUCUAUCUGGCAAUGAGCAGAACAGGAAGCAGCGAGGUGGGGCUCGGCCUGUGCUGUUCUCUCUUCCUCUCCUCUGCCUUGUUCACCCGCUCCUGGUUCUAGACUGGCUUUUUGAUUCCAGGCGGGAAGGACAUCCUGGAUAUUUAAGAAGGCAGGAAUAGCGCUCGCCGUUGCCUGAUUGGCGCUGCUGUCAGCGUGUGACAGAGGGUCAGUGGGGGGGCCGGGAGCGAAGCCAGAAGGAGGCCAAACAUGGCCAGCGAGGACGUACUGGAGGAUCUGCCAGGGGACCAACCAGUUGACUCCCCGGGGCCCACUGAGCACAGUGACGCAGAAUCUUCGAGCGAUCCGGGCGGGCUGUCGGUGCUCCAGCAGCUCGGUCUGGACCAGAACUCGGACUUCUCAGACUCCAGCGUGCAGCAGCGUCUGGACGAGCACCGCGAGAGGAUCCGCAGGGAGAUCCGCAAGGAGCUGAAGAUCAAGGAGGGUGCUGAGAAUCUGCGCAGGGCCACCACAGACAAGAGGAAUGCCCAGCAGGUGGACUCGCAGAUCCGCAGCUCCAAACGCAAGCUGGAGUCCCUCCACGCUCAGCUGCAGGAGCUGGACGCACACAUUGUGGUCAAGGGCCCCGAUGACAACAAAGAUACCCCAAAGUCUCCGGGCUCGCUCAAUCGAACGUCGGCCACCCAGCAGCGCAUCGCCGCUUUGGAACGACAGCUGAACAUCGAGCUGAAGGUCAAACAGGGAGCAGAGAACAUGAUUCCAAUCUAUGUCAAUGGAGGUACCAAGGACAAGAAGCUUCUCCAGACGGCUCAGCAGAUGCUGCAGGACAGCAAGACAAAGAUCGACAUCAUCCGCAUGCAGAUCAGAAAGGCCAUGCAGGCCACGGAGCAGUCUGAGGACAACCAAAGUAAGGCAGACAUGUGUGGGGUAGAGCUGCGUGUGGAGGAGCUGUGGCAUCACUACCGCGUGGAGCACGCCAUGGCCGAGGGAGCCAAGAACAUCCUGCGACUGCUCGGGGCAGGAAAGGUCCAAGACAAGAAGGCCAUGGCUGAGGCUCAGUGUGGUCUGAGCGAGUCGUCCCAGCGUCUGGACCUGAUCAGAUGUUCUCUGGAGCAGAGGUUGCAGGACCUCCCCGAGGACCAUCCCAAGGCCUGCCUCAUCAAGGAGGAGCUGGUGCUGGCCUCCUCCUCUGCUUUCAGCUCUCGCCACAGCACCCCCUAUGUCCAUAACCAGUACAGCACCCUGAGCAAACCAUCACCACUCACAGGUACUCUUCAGGUGCAUCUUCUGGGCUGUGUGGGGCUGCUGGAGGUCAUCCCAGGGCGGAACAGAGGGACCCCCGUGGUCCUUCCCUCUUACUCUCAGGCAGAUGGACGCUCCUCAUUCAAACUGAGCGGCCUGUACAGCCGCAGCACCAGCAGCAUGAGCCUCAAGAUCCCCGGCAAGACUGACGAGCUCUCCUCGGAGGUGAGUGCAGUGCUGAAGCUGGAGAACACAGUGGUGGGUCAGACAGGUUGGAAGACCGUCGGGGAGCAGGCCUGGGACCAGAGCUUCACUGUGGAGCUGGAGAGAUCCAGGGAGAUGGAGAUUGCAGUGUACUGGAGAGAUUACCGCUCGCUGUGUGCUCUGAAGUAUCUGAAGCUGGAAGAGUUCCUGGACAACCAAAGACACCGAGUCCAGCUGGAACUGGAGCCACAGGGGCUGCUGCUGGCUGAGGUGACUUUCUUCAAUCCAGUAAUAGAGCGAGGCCGAAGACUGCAGAGACAGAAGAAAGUCUUCUCCAAGCAGCAUGGGAAAGCUUUCCUGCGGGCCCGGCAGAUGAAUGUGGACAUCGCGACCUGGGUCCGUCUGCUGAGGAACGCCAUCCCCAGUGGAAGCAACACACCGGCCUACACACCCAGCUUCACAAGCAACACACUCACACACAGCACAGGAGAGAUCUCGGUGGAGAAGCUGAAUCUGGGCAGCGACUCUCCUCCCAAAGCUGAAACCAGAAGAGACGUGGUUGACGCUCCGGCUCCUUUGGAACAGACGCCGGUCAUCGAGCCCCCGUCCACGCCGGAUGUCCCUGUUCACGAGCCGCCAACCAGAUCGAUGUCCCAGAACUCUUUACGCAGACCAAGCAGAGGCCCUCUGUGCCUUCAGGAUUUCAAACUGAUCGCAGUGCUCGGCAGGGGCCACUUUGGGAAGGUGUUGCUGUCAGAGUACAAAAGGACAAGCAGCCUGUACGCCAUCAAAGCCCUGAAGAAGGGAGACAUUGUAGCGAGGGAUGAAGUGGAAAGUCUGAUGUGUGAAAAGCGGAUCUUUGAGACCGUCAACGGCUCCCACCACCCUUUCCUGGUCAACCUGUUUGCAUGUUUCCAGACGCCAGAACAUGUGUGUUUUGUCAUGGAGUACACGGCAGGAGGAGACCUCAUGAUGCACAUACAUGCCGACGUCUUUUCUGAGCCACGUGCUGUGUUCUACUCAGCCUGUGUGGUCUUAGGUCUGCAGUUCCUUCAUGACCAUAAGAUCGUGUACCGGGAUCUUAAAUUAGACAACCUGCUGCUCGAUACAGAGGGUUUUGUGAAGAUAGCAGACUUUGGGCUUUGUAAAGAAGGCAUGGGCUAUGGGGACAGGACGAGUACAUUCUGUGGGACUCCAGAGUUUCUGGCCCCGGAGGUGCUGACGGACACAUCGUACACCAGAGCAGUGGACUGGUGGGGCCUCGGGGUGCUCGUCUAUGAGAUGUUGGUCGGUGAGUCCCCGUUCCCAGGUGAUGAUGAGGAGGAGGUUUUCGACAGCAUCGUGAACGAUGAAGUGCGCUACCCCCGCUUCCUCUCCACUGAAGCCAUCGGCAUCAUGAGACGGUUGUUGAGAAGGAACCCCGAAAGGCGCCUGGGCUCUGGAGAAAAGGAUGCAGAAGACGUCAAAAAACAGCCCUUCUUUAGGACUAUGGACUGGGAGGCUCUCCUCCAGAGGAAGGUCCCGCCCCCAUUCGUCCCGAGCAUCGGAGGAAAAGAAGACGUCAGCAACUUUGACGUGGAGUUCACAGCCGAGGCUCCUGCUCUCACGCCGCCCCGCGAGCGCCGCACCCUCUCCCGCAAGGAACAGGACCACUUCAAGGAUUUUGACUACGUCUCGGACCUCUGCUAGGGUCAGGGGUCAGGGGUCACAGGGUAAUUAGCUGCCCACUGCCAGCCACAGACUCUGAAAGGAGACGGAGAAGUGAAGGCUGACGCUCUGUCUCGAACAGGGAGAGAGGAACUUGAUGGGGAUGAGAGGCAAGGAUCACUCUUACUCUGACCUCUUUCUCUCAGUCUGUAUGCGAUGGGAUAAAGAACUGGCUGGGCCAAGUGUGUGUGAACACAUUCCAGUGGAGUCUGAUCGCGUGCCGCACACACACACACACACACACACACACACUGUUACAAAUCUACUGACCUGUGGAGGUCUGCAGAUCCGUGACACUGCGUGGCUUUUAGAGGAUGUGAUGAUAACGAAGAUAAUUCAGAUUAUGUAACAAAUGGAAAAUGAGAUGAUGGAUCCUGCUGUUUGUCCACUGAAGCAUAAUCAAAUAAUCAGUUGUACUGAAAUGCUCAGAGAGCCUUUAAAUCACAGUUAAAAGUGAUUAUUCUGACAAGAAGCAGUUUGUCUCUUUUCUUCCUGCACUUGCUCUCGUCUCUUGUCCCUUUAUCUGCUGUUUGUUGCUGCUAAGUGUGUUUCCUUGUGUACGGUGUCCCUGCCUCAGUCAUGAAUGUAUCCACAACAGCUGCAAUCAUGCACCACCUGGACAUGAACACACGGGGGAGCCAGAGGAAAGAGAAAAUUUAGAGCUGCUGCUUGUCUAUUGUGUCACAAAAAAACGCUGAGCAAGAUAGGUUUUAACAGAGACGGAGUCAGGCCAUGUGCUGUUUGUGUCUCUCACACCUCGUCAUCAUCUUUCCACUGUCUUUCGGUACAAACAGGUUUUUAACUACAAUAAUUUUUCAAUGACAAAGCUUUUACAAAUUGUGUUCUUUUUGUGAUUUUUUUUCCCCAUCUGUGUUUCAUCCUCUGUCAUUUGCUGGUGAAAUUUGGAACUGUGACUCAGUAAAGAUGUGAACCCAA